CCGCCGCCUCCCCCGCCCCCGGCGGCUCCCCCUCCUCCUCCUUCUCCUCCUCUUCCCCCGCCCCAUCCCGACGACUCCGACCCCGAAUCGCGGCCGCCGCGCGCCGGAUCACGCCCCUCCCGCAGCCCUAGCCGCCACCCCGCGCCCCACGAGCGGCCCCCGCCUCCGGAGGGGGAGCGCCCGAGCCGCGCGGCCGGCGGCGGCGGCGGGAGCGACGACGGGAAGGCGGAGGAGGCCGAAGCGGCGCGGCGGCCGUGGAAUCUGAGGCCGAGGAGGGCGGCGAACCCUCCGCCGCUGUCGUCGAGGAACGGCGAGGCGUUGCACGACGCCGCGGGCGGCGCGCCCGGCGGGGACAAGGAGAAUUACGCGCAGCAGCAGUUGCAGCCGAAAUCCGUGCGGUUACGAGGCUUAGCGGGGGAGGGCGAGAGGAAGGAGAAGAAGAGGAAGUUCUGGAUAUCGCUGUCGAAGGAGGAGAUCGAGGAGGACAUAUUCAUCAUGACGGGGUCGAGACCUGCCCGGAGGCCUAGGAAGAGGCCCAAGAACGAGCAGAAGCAGCUCGAUAUUGUCUUUCCUGGUUUAUGGUUGGUGGGGCUCACACCGGAUGCUUACCGUGUGGCCGAAGCUCCGGCCAAGCCGGCCAAGAGAUAGUUUGCGCUGAGGUACAACAUCUUGCCCGUUUCCUGAGCCGGAGGUCUCUCUGUCUCUGUCUCUCUCAACCAAAUUGUCAUGCUCUGGAAGUUCUCGGUGUCUUCACCCUGCGAAAUUUGAUAUUGAAGGCGUACGUCGCAGAGAUAAAAGGUGUUCCCGAGCCGGAAGUCGUGAUGCUUGAAGGCCUAUGGAGGCUCGUAAGCAUCGGGAGCUUUCGCACAGCAACUAGAGGUAAAAUUUGGUUAGUAGGUACAGGAAAGGGAAAAGUAUCGAAUUGGGAAAAGGGACGAAGUUAUUGUUCAAUUUUUUUUGUUUGUUGAUCUAAAUUUACUUUCCCUGCUGGGUGUUUGCUUUGUAAAGAAGUUUGGUUUUUUAAUUGUUCGGCAAUUGCAAGCAGUACAUGUAAAUCUGAAAAUAGGGGCCGAAGAUGAACCGAGAGAAUAUUUUGGGUAAUUUAUGCUAUGCUUUGUGCAUUAUGAUCUCCCUUUAAUUGUGUUUCGAGAUACCAUAUUGGUUGAAUAGAUUAAACUUCUUUACAGGCUUCUUCAUAUGACUACGUAUGCUGACACAACAAAGCAGAGUAGCGAGGUCUAGUUCGGAAAAUAAAACACCAUCCGCGCUUACUGCAUUUAACUUGAUUGGGCAAUGCAGACCCAUCGCAAUUAGAUUCUUGUUAUGUAUAUGUGUAGGCUGUUGUAUGUAUUAUCUGUCUUGCAUACAUGAAAUGGGUGAUCAUGUUUGUAUUUAGAAGUGCCCAUACAAUUAGAAUAAUCUCCCAUGUGUCAAUGUUCUUCAUGUGCUUUAAAGCUUAGGAGAUUUUUUGUCUGUGGUUCUGUUGUUAUCAGAAGUACUGCUCAUUAGGAAAUUAUUGCCUUUCGGGAUAA